AUGUCGACUGACGAAAACAUAACAAGGGCGGAAGAUAUACUCAAUAAUACGUCGGAAAAUAAUGACACGAAUAAUACUGACGCUUCCAACUCUACAUCGAAGAAAGUCAGAGUUAAGAAGGAAAAGUCAUUAGAACAACAAAUUCCUAGAGGUAAACCAAAAUCUGGAAGGAUAUGGAAGGAGGAAAGAAAAAGGUUUUCAUCGACCAUCAAAACACGCAGCAUACAUUCGACAUUCGACAAGAAACAAAAAUUAAGGGAAGAUUUAAAGCGCGUUAAGGAAAUGUCUAGAGCGAUAAAAGCUGAAAAAGAAGCCCAGAAGGAAGCAAAAAAAGAGAGGAGGAGACAAAAUUUGCAGCGUGCGGCAAAGAAUCAGAGGAAGAGUGAAAUUGUAAGAUUACCAAUACUUCAAAACUGAGGAAAAUAAAGAAGAAACAUCUCAGAAUGCUACAAAAAAGGGACACACUCAAUCUGUAGUAAAAUUA